AUGCUUGAGGCCAGUAGUGAUGACUUGUUCCUGCCCUCUUCUCAAGAUGAGGAGCUGGUUGACAACCUGCUUUCCAGUGAGGAGUCAGAUGUACACAGUGAUGGUGGGAGCUUCUCCCUGGCCAAAGCCCUUCUCCCCCUGGCAGAGACCUCCUCUCCUUCCCUUAUCCCUUGGGUCUGCUCCACCCGCUACAAGACCGAACUCUGCACCAGCUACUCCGCUUCUGGUUUCUGCAAGUACGCCGAGCGCUGCCAGUUCGCCCACGGCCUCCAUGAACUCCACGUUCCCUUCCGCCACCCAAAGUAUAAGACGGAGCUGUGUCGCAGCUACCACACUACAGGCUACUGUUACUAUGGCAGCCGUUGCCUGUUUGUUCACAGCCCAACCGAGCAGCGCCCCACCGUCCGUCGCCGCAGAAACGUCCCUUGUCGCAUCUUCCGUUCCUUUGGGGUUUGCCCCUUUGGCAGCCGUUGUAACUUCCUGCACAUCGAGGGUGGAGAUGAUGUGGGCAGCAGUGUGAAGGCUAAUGAAGAGAAGGGCUGUCCACUCCAGCCACCAACCAAGGAGUGGAAUCCUCGAGGAGUGCUGUGCCGUACCUUCAGCUCCUUUGGAUUCUGCCUGUAUGGAACUCGCUGUCACUUCCAGCAUGUCCUCCCCAACAAACUCAAAACCUCCAACCAGAACCAAGCUUCCCCGGGCAGCUCGGGUUUACCUUCCUCCACCUCACCGAAGUCUUCAAUCUCCUCUUCCUCCUCAACCUCUCCUCUUGCCACUCCAUCUUCAGAUGCCACAGCCCACAAUGCUUUUACCUUUUCUAGUGAGCACCUAAAUGACCUGCUGCUGCCCCUGGCCCUCCAUCUGCAGCAGCUGGAAUGUACCAAACCCCAGGGAGUGUGGGACAACAGGGGGCUCUAACUGGAUGAGACUGAAGAUGAAGCCAGCAUCAGUACUUGCCACAGUUUAAGUGUGCAUGUUUUUGUUUUUUUUCAAAAUAUAUUUUAUAUUCUAACCCCCUUACCCUAGGGCAUUUUUAAGCUGAGGUUGUUUGAAUUGAGAGCUGUCAGCACUUCAAGUUGGACUUGAUCGAUUGAACAGUCAUGGAUCAG